CAUUUUAUUACCAUCUGUGGAACUUUUUUGUAAUUCAUUUUUCCUCACUGAAGUAUUAAGAAUUAUACCAGGUUGAAAAGAUAUGAAUGAGUAUCCUAAAAAAAGAAAAAGGAAGACUUUACACCCUUCUCCUUAUUCAGAUUCCUCUGGAGUAAGCAGAGUUGCAGAUGGAUUCAAUGGAAUUUUUUCUGAUCAUUGUUAUAGCAUCUGCUCCAUGAGACAGCCAGACUUAAAAUAUUUUGACAACAAAGAUGACGAUUCACAUACUGAGACAUCAAAUGACUUGCCAAUAUUUGCAGAUGGAAUCAAGGCCAGAAACAGAUUUCAGAACUACCUGGUUCCUGGUCCUAUGCUUAGAAUCCUAGACCACACAGCCUUUCCUGCAGAAAAAUCUGAUAUAGAAAUUUGUGAUGAAGAAUGUGACUCACCUGAAUCAUUCCACCAGCAAACCCAAGAGGAGAGUCCUGUUGUAGAAGUUCACUCUGCAGAAGAGGUUCCUGUUGCUGUAGAAGUGCAUGCAAUAUCUGAGGAUUAUGACAUAGAGACAGAAAACAAUUCCUCUGAAAGCCUCCCAGAUCAAAUUGAUGAAGAACCACCGGCAAAACUCUGUAAAGUUAUUGACAAAAGCCAGGCUUUGAAUGUGACUGCCCAGCAGAAAUGGCCUUUAAUAAGAGCUAAUAGCAGUGGUCUCUAUAAAUGUGAACUUUGUGAUUUCAACAGUAAAUAUUUUUCUGAUUUAAAACAGCAUCUGAUCCUGAAGCAUAAACGUACUGAUUCAAAUGUAUGUCGAAUAUGCAAGGAAAGUUUCUCUAUGAACAUACUUCUGAUCAAGUAUGCCAAACGACACGAGGAUCCCUAUAUUUGUAAAUACUGUGACUAUAAGACGGUGAUUUUUGAGAACCUCAGCCAGCACAUUGCAGACAUCUACUUUAGUGAUCACCUGUACUGGUGUGAGCAGUGUGACGUGCAGUUCUCCUCAAGCAGUGAGCUCUACAUGCACUUCCAGGAACACGGCUGUGAUGAACAGUACUUGUGUCAGUUCUGUGAACAUGAAACUAAUGAUCCAGAAGACUUGCAUAGCCAUAUGUUAAAUGAGCAUGCAUGUAAAUUAAUAGAACUAAGUGAUACGUGUAACAGUGGAGAACAUGGACAGUACAGCCUUUUAAGCAAAAUUACCUUUGACAAAUGUAAAAACUUCUUUGUAUGUCAAAUGUGUGGUUUUCGGAGUAGACUUCACACAAAUGUUAACUGGCAUGUUGCUAUUGAGCAUACUAAAAUAUAUCCUCAUGUUUGUGAUGACUGUGGCAAAGGAUUUUCAAGUAUGCUAGAAUACUGCAAGCAUUUAAAUUCACAUUUAUCUGAAGGGAUUUAUUUAUGUCAAUAUUUUGAAUAUUCAACAGGAAAAAUUGAAGAUCUUAAAAUUCAUCUAGAUUUCAAGCAUCCUCAUGGGAGUCUGGUGAUACAACUUUGCUCCCCUUUCUAG